CUUCUCUCUGAUGGAACUGGAAUUGGCUUUGGAAUUUAACCUAAUUGUUGCUUUUCAUUACGUCAAUUAUAUAUAUGCAUGUUGUAUAUAGUUUUAUACUUGAUUGAAUAUGCUAGUUUUUGUACUUGUAUCAUAGAUAAUCUUAAGAUUGCUACUGUAUGAUUGAAAUUCAUUAGAUAUGCAAGUGUUUUCAAGUAUGCAACAGAAUAACAAGUGGGUCAACAAUUUUAAAUAAGAAGUUUGUGUAUAUUAUUUUAUUUUUAUUUUUUUUUUUGGAAUUCGUUUCUUUCUGCUUUCUAAAUGUUUCUACUUGCAAAUUGUAUAAGCGGUAAGAGAAAAAUGGCUGUUGCUGUAAACAACUCAGUGUUAGUUAUUAGAGCUUAAGUAUAUUCUUUAUACUCAAUUCCGCUAGCCAAUACUUAAAAACUUUUCGUAUUUUAAAAUUUUUGUGCACUCAAGUCAAUCAGUGUUGUUUUAUUCAUGCUUCUCUCUUAUUAAAGUGCUUAUAUAUUUUUCUUCUAUAUCUACCAGAUGGCUGCGUCAUCAGCUUGCAUUGUAAUGAAUAAUGGUUUGUCAACCCAUAAUAAUACCAAACAAAAUUUUAGCAAAGUGGUCUAUGGCAGGAAUCAUUUCCUUUCUUCUAGAUUUCAAUCGCUAGGUAAGACAUCAAAAACACUUCUUGUAAGAGCAGCUUUGGACCGGAGCUCACAUCAUGGAUUAAAGCAAGAAGGAAGAAGAGGUUUCCUAAAGAAGUUGCUUGGCAAUGUGGGCAUCGUUGCACCCUCUUUACUGGGAAGUGGGAAGGCAUAUGCUGAUGAUCAAGGGGUUUCUUCCUCCAGGAUGUCUUAUUCAAGGUUCUUGGAGUACUUGGACAAGGAUCGAGUUAAAAAGGUUGAUUUGUUUGAGAAUGGAACUAUUGCUAUUGUAGAGGCCGUUUCUCCUGAAUUAGGAAACCGGGUGCAAAGAGUUCGUGUACAACUGCCGGGACUCAGCCAAGAGCUUCUACAGAAGUUUAGAGAGAAAAACAUUGAUUUCGCAGCACAUAAUGCUCAAGAGGACUCAGGUUCCCUGCUAUUCAACUUGAUUGGAAAUUUAGCUUUCCCUUUGAUCUUAAUUGGGGGUCUGUUCCUUCUCUCCCGACGUUCAUCUGGAGGAAUGGGUGGUCCUGGUGGGCCUGGUUUCCCCUUGGCCUUUGGUCAAUCCAAGGCAAAGUUCCAAAUGGAACCAAAUACUGGUGUGACAUUUGAUGAUGUUGCUGGAGUUGAUGAAGCAAAGCAGGAUUUCAUGGAGGUGGUUGAGUUUCUAAAGAAGCCAGAGAGAUUCACUGCAGUUGGGGCUCGCAUUCCCAAAGGUGUUCUUCUGGUUGGUCCACCAGGAACUGGGAAGACUCUUCUAGCUAAGGCAAUUGCUGGUGAAGCUGGCGUUCCAUUUUUCUCCAUAUCAGGUUCUGAGUUUGUUGAGAUGUUUGUUGGUGUUGGUGCCUCUAGAGUCCGUGAUCUCUUCAAAAAGGCCAAAGAAAAUGCACCUUGUAUUGUAUUUGUGGAUGAAAUUGAUGCUGUUGGAAGGCAAAGAGGCACCGGCAUUGGUGGGGGAAAUGAUGAAAGAGAACAGACACUUAACCAGCUAUUGACAGAAAUGGAUGGUUUUGAGGGUAACACUGGUAUCAUUGUUAUUGCAGCAACUAAUAGAGCAGAUAUUCUGGACUCUGCCUUGUUGAGGCCAGGGCGGUUUGACAGACAGGUGACUGUUGACGUUCCAGAUAUACGGGGAAGAACAGAAAUAUUGAAAGUUCAUGCUGGCAAUAAGAAAUUUGAUGCAGAUGUUUCUCUUGAUAUAAUAGCCAUGAGAACACCUGGUUUUAGUGGAGCUGACCUUGCAAACCUCUUAAAUGAGGCAGCUAUAUUGGCUGGUCGACGUGGAAAAACUGCAAUUUCAAGUAAAGAAAUUGAUGAUUCAAUUGAUAGAAUUGUUGCUGGAAUGGAAGGAACAGUAAUGACAGAUGGAAAGAGUAAAAGUCUUGUUGCCUAUCAUGAAGUUGGCCAUGCUAUUUGUGGAACUUUGACUCCAGGGCAUGAUGCAGUUCAAAAAGUCACCCUAAUUCCACGUGGUCAGGCACGAGGUCUUACCUGGUUUAUUCCUGCAGAUGACCCAACAUUGAUCUCCAAGCAGCAACUUUUUGCAAGAAUAGUUGGUGGACUUGGUGGCAGAGCUGCUGAAGAAGUUAUCUUUGGUGAGCCUGAGGUGACCACAGGAGCAGCUGGUGAUUUGCAGCAGAUUACUGGUUUGGCAAAGCAGAUGGUAACCACAUUUGGAAUGUCUGAAAUCGGCCCUUGGUCGCUUAUGGACUCAUCGGCGCAAAGUGCUGAUGUCAUAAUGAGAAUGAUGGCAAGGAAUUCGAUGUCAGAAAGGCUUGCGGAAGACAUUGAUUCUGCUAUCAAGAGGUUAUCAGAUAGCGCAUAUGAGAUUGCAUUGAGCCACAUUAGGAACAACCGCGAGGCGAUUGACAAGAUUGUGGAAGUUCUUCUUGAAAAAGAGACGAUGACUGGGGAUGAGUUCCGAGCAAUUCUCUCAGAAUUUGUCGAAAUUCCUGCUGAAAAUCGGGUGCCUCCUUCUGUAUCCACUCCAGUGACAGUGUAAUUAUUAUACAUUGCAUGUUUCACUUACACAUCAUACAUCUUGAGUUAGUUGAAUGUAUAAUUGUUAACUUUUGCCACGUGUAAUUAUUGAUGUACUAAUUUUUGUAAUAAAAUUGAAAUUUAUACUUCAUAAAAAUA